UUCAAAACAUUUUACAACAGAACAGACAACAAGAAGGGAAAUUAUCGUGUUUUGCCGUGGUUUGCCUCUAUUUUUUACCCUAAUUUGCAACCUCAGGGUUAAUUUAAAGUUAUGGCUUCCCCAAUAAUGCUAUCAAGACAGUUUUUACGAGYUAGCGCCGUUUUUCGACAAAAUCUGAACCGUCAACUUCACAUGUCSAGAGCUUGCUCUGCUGGUUUUGCCAAAGAACUUUUCAUGGGAAGACUUAACAAAGAGAAAGUUUUUCCAUAUCCUGAACCAUUAAACCAAGAACAGAGAGAUACACUUGCCAUGUUAGUAGACCCAGUACAAAAGUAUUUUGAAGAAAAAGUUGAUUCUACAAAAAUUGACCGAGAGGCAAAUAUACCWAAAGAGGUUAUGGAAGGAUUAAAAGAGCUUGGAUUGUUUGGUCUGCAGAUACCUGAAGAAUAUGGUGGUUUGGGUCUUAUGAACACCAGCUAUGCACGUGUUGCUGAAGCAUUUGCCGUGGAUGCAGCUAUUACGACAACGCUGAUGGCCCAUCAGUCCAUUGGWCUCAAAGGAAUCCUUAUCUGUGGAAAUGAUGAACAGAAGAAGAAAUAUUUACCAAAACUUGCAACAGGAGAACACAUUGCAGCCUUCUGCCUCACUGAACCAUCAAGUGGAAGUGAUGCUGCAUCCAUACAAACAAGAGGGACWUUGAGCAAAGAUGGUAAAACAUUUUAUCUGAAUGGAUCAAAGAUAUGGAUAUCCAAUGGUGGAUGGGCUGAUGUUAUGACUGUAUUUGCUCAAACAGAAGUUAUUAACUCUAAGGGUGAGAAAGUGGACAAGAUAACAGCUUUCAUUGUCGAGAGAGCUUUCGGUGGUGUAUCAAAUGGCAAACCAGAGGAUAAACUAGGGAUUAGAGGAUCUAACACCUGUGAAGUCUUUUUUGAAGACACACCUGUUCCUAUUGAAAAUGUUCUUGGUGAAGUUGGGAGUGGAUUCAAGGUUGCUAUGAAUAUUCUUAACAGUGGCAGGUUUGGAAUGGGUGCCGCUUCAGCAGGUGGACUAAGAAAACUGAUAGGUCUGGGCUACAUGAAGACAUAUCCCUAUGAACAACUUCUAAGAGACACUAGAAUUAUGCUGAUAUAUGAGGGAACCAAUGAAAUUCUACGGAUGUAUAUUGCUCUMACUGGCAUGAAAUAUGCUGGYGAUCAGCUCAAAGAUGUUGUUAAGGCAAUGAAGAAUCCAUUCCAGAACCCAGGGGUACUAUGGAAUGCAUUACGGAAGAGAGGSCUGUACUCACUUGGCGUGAAAGGAUCAUUGGGUGUGGCUGAAGACGUACACCCACAAUUAGCGGAUUGUGUAAAGUUGCUUGAAGAGAAUGUCAUUGACUUUGGAAUGCAUUCUGAAAAACUWCUUGCCAAGUUUGGAAAGAACAUUGUCCAUGAACAACUGCUGCUCAAAAGGAUGGCAGACACAGCUAUUAAUAUCUUCGCCAUGACAGCAGUGUUGUCAAGAUGCACGCGGACACUUUACAGAGGAGGACCCGCAGCUGAACAUGAAACCCUUUUGACAACCACCAUUUGUCGAGAUGCUUAUGAUAAAAAUACACGAUUACUGAAAGAAGUUGCCAAAGGUUCCAAAAGAAAUGGUGACAACAAUGUCAAACAAAUUGCCGAAGACCUAUUUGCCCAAGGAGGAUGUGUAGCCAAACAUGUACUUGAAGUUUAGUGGAAUUAUUAAUAAGUUAUAUUUCAUCAAUAAUUAUAUUAAAUUUUAUAAACCAUUGCCAUAACACCUUUUUUCCCUUAAAAUGCUUUCUACUUGGAAAUCUCUGUAUAUUACUGGCRUCUUGGAGUUAAAAAAAGGCAAUGWAMGUACUAUGUAUUAGUUCUUAGAAUGGAAUCAUUUUCAUGAAAUGUUAAAUGAGAAUUACUGCUUUCUAUAUUGUAAUGACAUGAUAUUUCAGUAAAAUGACUGUUAGACAAACAUGCAUGCAUGUUUCACAGUAAGUUAUUUUUAGUGUAUGGUACUGUUAUCGACAAAUAUAUUUUUAUUUGCUGUUGAUGUACUUCCAACUUCUACUUAAAGUGACUUGUACACAUUGAAGUAGACAGURUGAUUUUUGUCUACCAAAUGAAACAACCAAAAASACAAAACGUAGAAAAUAAAUAAAUUUAUAAUAGACUUCAACYAGCAAAAYGACCACAGCUAUUAGCCUAUCUUUUUGGGGGCUUUUAUUGAACCUUAUGGUCGUGCAAUUCACAUUCCCUAAGUUGUUAAACUUUUCAUUUAAUUAUAUCUCUAUAUAAUUUAAUCUAUCCUGUACAAUUUAGUAAUAAAACAAAUCUGC